UGGUAGAAUAAGAGCUUUGGAGAGGAAUAAGCUCACAAAGAAGACUUUAGAACUGGCACAGCAGUACUUCUUGCCCCCGUACGCUUUCCAGAUUCGAGUUGGUGCUCUGUACCUUUUGUACGGGCUCUAUAGUACACAACUUUGCCAGCCAAAACAAAAGAUCAGAAUUGCACUCAAGGAUUGGCCUGAAAUCCAGAGAUUUCAACAGGAUCUGAUAGAUUCCCAGCAUUAUGAUGCAGCAUACAUCUUUAGGACACUGCGACUUGCCAGGGCAUUCCAUUUCACAGCAAUGCCAAAGCUACUAAACUACAGAACUAAGAAGAAGAUUCAGGAAAACGAAUUUAAAGAGGAAUUUAAGGACCCAAGUAACAGAGUAAACACCCUCAUCACUAAUGAUGUAUUGGAGGAACUGAUGAAUAUUCAUGACCAUUAUCAGAAAAUGAAGUGUGUCAUUUCAGCUGACAAAUCUCAGCCAGACAAGGCCCUGAGCUUGAUAAAAGAUGAAUUUGUAGUUACUCUUAAAGACAUAACCUUGGAACAUCAGGAAUGGCAGCAGAACAGAAUGAAGUUAUUCCUAAAUGCUAAAGAAACUGAUGAAAUAUCAAACAAAAAGGAAGAAGGGACUUUGCUAGAAUCAGAGGGUUCUGAAAGAGCAAAUGCAUUGGCUAGAAUCAAAUACAGGUCUUACUCUGCAGUUGUUGAGGCUUCCAAAUCCAGAAGACAUCGUCAAGUAAAAUUAGAAUCUUCUGAAUCAGGAUCGAAUUACGGGAAAUCUCCAAACCGAAGUAAAAAAACUAGUAGGAGACCACAGCCAGCAAGGAGGAGAGACUCUUUGGAAAUCAAAGGUGAAAUGCAAGUGGCAAAGGAAACUGUUACUCGGCAUAUUGGGAUGCCUAUAAUCACAGAAGAAGAAAACUCAGAUGAAGAAGAAGUAUCUCUCCCCAAGAGGAAAAGAAGAUGUUAG